AAAAAAAAAAAAAAAAAAAAAAAAAAAAAAAAAAGUAAGUCAGAAGCUUCGACUAACAUCGUCAACUAAUCAAAACAGUCCGAUCUUCAGGCAUACUUGACUUAAAGAUACUGUGUUAUUGCUUGGUAUUUUAAAGGUUUAUUUCUUAACUCCUCUCUUGAGGUAAAGAGUGCAGCACUGGAUUGUGAUGGAUAACGGGUGCUUGGGAGAUAUUUUUGAUGGCUUUGGUCAAAAGCAUUCUGGUGGAGAGGGUUCCAUUCCAGCUUUGACAAGCGACAAUAGUACUGCAGCUGCUUACAAAGAUCCUCAGAUAUCAAACCAGUUGUCUAUCCAUCAUGAUGGUAGUGCCACAAAGAAGAAAAGAGUAUCAAGAAUCAUUGGCGGGGGUCUGCGCCAGUUCAGUAUCAUAAUUUGUAAGAAAGUGGAGAGCAAGGGAAAAACCACAUAUAGUGAGGUUGCUGAUGAAAUCAUAGCUGAGCUUACUGCAACAAAUAAUAAUUCAGCAGUAUCCCUGGACGAGUUUGAUGAGAAGAAUAUACGGCGGCGGGUAUAUGAUGCACUAAAUGUUCUUAUGGCAAUGGACAUAAUCAUUAAAGACAAAAAGGAAAUAUGGUGGAAGGGGCUUCAUAAUGCAAAUGUGAAGGAUAUGGAAGAAAUUAAGGCAUUGCGUGUGAAGGCGAUGAAUAGAAUUGAAAAGAAAGCAGCCUACUUGAAAGAAUUGGAAGAACAAAUUGCAGGUCUCCAAAAUCUGAUGUUGCGUAAUCAGCAACUGCUCAAGUCUGGAAAUGCUCCUUUUGGAGGGUUCUCUUUGCCAUUUAUAGUAGUUCGGACAAACCCUCAUGCUACAGUUGAGAUUGAGAUUUCUGAGGACAUGCAGUUAGUACAUCUUGACUUCAAUAGUACACCGUUUUCCUUGCACGAUGAUGCGUACAUUCUCAAGCUAUUAUGGCGCUACCAACUUCCAGAGAGUACGCGCAUUUCCCCAAGUUCUUCAGUUCUCUCUUCUUCAAGCAUUGAUGUUGCAUCUGGUGGAACUAAGCCGUUCUACUGGAAUUCUGAAACAGAGACAGCAAAAGUAUAUGAAUAGAUCCAUGGUAUGUAUAGCUCCAAAACAAACACACACAUAUAGAUAUAUCUAUGGUAUCAUGAAAUAUUGGUUCAAGUUUCUUUAAUUUUUUUGGUUAAAUAGGUAUGGGUAUUGCCAAUGAUUGGCAAUAGGUGAUUUUUGUAACUGGUCAUGUAUCCAAUUCAUACCACUAUUCAACUUUGAGUUUUUGGUGAAAGAGGUUUUAAGUAUCUAUCUAUGUUGUUGAAAUGGGUUUGCAAUUGGUA